ACGCCAGCGCAGCGCGGUGGCGAGGUCUGUCGAGCCUGUCAAGCCUGUCGAGCAAUGAUUUAGAGAUAUAAUGGCACCGGCGAAUCCCUCUCCAAAAGCCCCCCAGGUCUCGUCAAGAGGUCAGGCUACAGCACCAGCGCCAUGAGAUACCUCUGUCUCUUGCGUGCCGUCCCUAUUCCUGUUGAAGCCGCAACCGUCAUCGGACUCGCUCUAGGCGCUGCCACUGCCACUUUCUAUAUUUUCCGCUCCGUCAUGGCCAAGAAAAAGAAGAGCGGCGCCCCCAAGCCGGCGGGAUCCCAGGCGCAGCCAGCAGGCGGCUCGACAUCGAAGGUCGACGCCCAAGCCCCUGCCCCCGCAAAACCUGCCCCGGCCAAAGACGUCGACCAUAGGCCGGAGACUUCCCCGUACGGCAGUGCCCCCUGCACUAUCCCCUUCGCCAAACCCCUCUCGGUGCCAUUGGAUCUCCUCAAGAAGUACCCCAAGCUCCACGCCGCCUACGAAAACCGGCUUCCGGAGCUGUCCACCAUCCCCGAGGCCGUCGGCCAUGUCCUCAUCCAUUACAUCCACACCGGCAAAUACGAGGCUCUCAAGCCGAAAGCGACAGACGCCAUGACCAAGCAGAUCUGCGAGCUCAAGACGAGCAUACAGGCGUACGCCGCCGCCAGAUCCUACGACAUGCCGGGUCUGAUGCGCCUGGCCGAGAACCAGAUCAACAAGCACGGCGAAGGCCUGCCCCUGCCGGCCCUGCUCGAGGUGGCCCGGGACGCGUACCCGACCUUGACCGAGGCCGACGGCUGGUUUCUCGACUAUCUCCGGUCGCGCAUCCGCCCCCUCCUCCGUCCGGAAUCGCUGCUCAGCUCGGAGUUGCUAGACCAAAUCAGCAGCAUCCUCUCGCCCCAUAAACUUCUUCUCAAAACCGUCCUGGAGCUGUUCUGCGAGCGGAUCGCUGCUCCGCCGGAGCCCGCCGCAUCUCUGCGCACGAGCACCGUCGCGAGCCCCGUCACGAGCCCCGAGAGUGCGCAGGCCACGUCGUUUUCUCCGGCAUCGCCCCUGUCGCUGCUCGAGAUGAGGUCGAGGUCCAUCCUUCGAGAUGGGAAUCAUGCGCCGCGGAAGAAUCUGAAGACGACCCCGUGGCCGUCGCCCGACACCAUGUCGGAGGCCUCAAGGACCAGAGAGACGUCGGUCGAGCCGGUCCUCCGCGCACAGGAGCCGCCCGCUCGGGCGGCCACGCCAAUGAUCGAGCGCGCACCCGCCACCGCCGCCCUUCCGGAGGCAGGUACGGUCAUCAUCGACGUGGCGCCGCCGCCGGAACCAUCGGUCGAGGCCAACGCCGACGUUAGGACUGGCAACGCUGAUGCAGCGCCCGAGCCUGGUGUUGUCGCCAAUGGUACCUCCGAGCGCGACGUUGACGUCAAGGCCGAGCCCGAGGUUAGCGCUCCUGUCGAGCCCGGACCUGUGGCUGACGCGGAUGUCGCGCUCCAGAGUGCCGGCGAGCCUGAAACCGACCGAAAGCCCGAGCACGAAGAGCUCCCUGAACAGUCAGCUCCGGUAGCUCCGCGGGAAAGGAAGGACUCUGGCAAGGAAAUCGACCUGGAGCCCGUCCAGCGGGAGCUCGGGCUGGCGCGUGGAGCUGUGCCUGAGACUGAGCUGAAGCCUGGUUCUUCGCUCCAGGUUCAGCGCGGGACGAUGCGGGAGGCUGACUCGGGAUUCUGGGAAGGCCCGGAUGUCGAACCUGAGAAGGAAUCCCCUCCUGCCCUUGUUGAGCUCGGGCCCGAGGCCGCGUCCACGCCUAAGCCCGAGACUGCGGGCGAGCCGGAAUCCGUCGCCCCGUCUGACGGAAUCCCUGAGGUUGCCGCGUGCGACUUUGCUGCUUCUGACGGGGCCAUCCAGACCCAAACGGAGAGCAAACCCGAUGCGGAGCCGGAAGCUCCGGAAGACCCGGGUUCUGUGAUACUGCCGAAGGCACAAGCCCCUGCCGGUGAGACGGUCCCGGAGAAUUCUACCCGUGACGAAGUCGACCAUGGUUCCGAUCCCAAGCCGGAACCCCUUCCCAUCAGGUCAGUGGCGGACGAUGGAGAGCAGCCUGCCAACUUAGCGGCAGCGAUGUCCGAGUCUGUUCUUGUCCCUGGACCAGAGGAUUCCCAGAUUGAGGAAGUCGAGGCGAAGCCGGUGUCAGAGAAGGUCCAGGCGGAGAAGCCUCUCCAGGCCGAGGCGGCGACGGAGCCUCUCCAGGCCGACGCGGCGGCGAAGCCCGAGCCCGAGCCCAAGACGGACUCGACCACCGUCGUACCUGUUCCCGACAAUGCUCAGCCCGCUGGGGCCUCUGAGCCCGAGGCGGCUCAGCCCGGCCGCGAGCCGGAGCCGGAGCCCGCUGGGAAAGCCGAGGAGCAACGGGUCAAUACCGACUCCGCCGUCCACGCCGCUCCUGCCUCCGCCGGAGAGCGGCCGGCGGUUCUCAGUGCAAAGCCUGCGCCGGAGCAAGAGGGUGCCAAGACAGAGGCCAACGGGGCUGGCGACCAGGCUUGUAGCAGUCCGGUGAGACACCGAAGCUGGAAGAGACGGUUCCUGAGCCUCAGAUACCCGACCCUCUUCGGCCGAGAUAUGUGACUCGCCCAGUCCAGGGCCGCGGCGUCCGGUUCUGGUCGUCUGCCGACAACAACGACGAGGACCGGCGCCGGCAGCCGCAACAGCAACGACGCCGUUUCCG